AUGAACAAGAUCUUGUGUUCGAUUGGCCUUUUCUCCGCUGGAUUAUGUGGAGCUGUAAUCUACUUUCUUCUAAUAGAAUUUUCUUGGAACGGAGACGCCAGGACCGUGACCCAAAUUGAUAAGUCUUCUAUGGAUUUUCGCCAAUCCCAUUCGGAUUUCAUGAAGUCUUACAUGAACUUCAGUGUGGAACCUUGUGACGACUUUUACGAGUACGCCUGCGGAAACUAUAAAUUUGCACGACCGGACCGGCACUCCGAAUUCAGGAGAGUCUCCAUGUUAGACAUUUACUACACACUGGCUGACAUUACGAGUCAAUUGGUGGGCAGGACGGAUCUGGCAGAGGCUUUAAAUGUGUCCAGCGAGCUGAUGGUGGCCCAACGAUUCUACAAUGCCUGUCUGGGCGCUGAGCUCUAUCCCUUUCCCGCAGCCGAUCCCGCUUACUUAAGACUGAUUCGGUCGAUCGGAGGCUUUCCCGCCGUCGAUGGUGCCGCUUGGAAUGCCUCCAACUUUGAUUGGUACAACAUGAGCGUCGAGCUAAUCAAUUAUGGGGCAAAAGGUCUAGUUAUUGAAACGUUAAGAUCAAGGCAUCCCUUUGACCGGAUUUUAAAUGUGCCGGUUUUUGGUUUUGAAGAAUUCGUUGACAAGCACAAUAUCGAUAAUAACACUUCCCGCUCCUACCAAUUCAACGCGGAGCGAAUGCGAGGCUAUCUACAAUCCUAUAACCUCCCUGAGGCCAAAAUUGCAGAAGUGAUCGAGGGGGUUUUCGCAUUCUGGCAUGAGGCGUUAGUGAGGAGGUCGAAAACUCUUAUUGAGUUCAAGGAUAUGAUUUCCAUGGUUUGCUCCCGGCAUAAAGAGGCCGUGGCCAACUAUCUGGCCAUGAAGCUUCUCUUCGCAUUUGACGCCAAACUUCCUGCGACCAAGUACCAAAGGGAUUAUUGCGCGCUGACACUGAUGGAAUCCAUGCCGUUCCUCUUUGACAAACUCUAUAUGGCGGAGCACUUUACUGAGGAAAAGAAAUUUGAAGUAACUGAAAUUGUGGGGGCUCUGCGUAAGAGCCUACGAAAGUUGCUUAGAACUCAACCGGAGCUUCUGGGCAAGGAAUCCGGUCUUCUGUCAUACGUUGGAAGCGUCAAAGAUGACGAUCGAACAGAUCGUCUAAUCCGGGAGAUCGGUAGCCUGAAAAUCGACGAAGGCAGCUACGCGGAGACUAACAUCAAUCUGAAACGACUUACUGUCAAUAUCGAAAGCUUCAGCAUCAGACAUGCCGAACAUUUGCCAAAGGAUUCCAAGCCACAGGAUUUUCUGCUCGGGAUGAAUGUGGGAGGCACAUACUCUUUUGCUUUCAAUUCUAUUGAAAUCUUUGCCGGCACUUUGCAUCCACCCGUAUAUCACCGCUCAAUGCCCCGCUCCCUAAAGUACGGGAGCUUGGGUUCCAUCGUGGGCCACGAGCUAACCCACAGUUUUGAAAUUACGAAGUAUUAUAAAGAUCAUGCCGAGUGCUUUGUGAGUCAAUAUAGUAAAUACCAUAUCGAUGGCGUUCAGACACAGGACGAGAAUAUGGCCGACAAUGGUGGAUUGAGAAUUGCAUUUGAAGCCUUUCGCAGCCAGGUGGAUCCUGGACAGGAUAUCCCCAGCGAGCAGAUGCCAGGACUCGACCUGUUGCCUGAUCAGCUCUUCUUUCUGGGUUUUGCUCAGUACCUUUGCUCCGAUAACAAAGAAGAGAAUUACACGAAUUCCAACGAUCCGCACAGCUUUGAGAAAUUCCGGGUUCUUGGUGCCUUAUCAAACAGCGAGGACUUUUUCCAGGCCUUUAACUGCCCCGUAGGAAGUGGCAUGCGUCCUACGUCCGAACAUUGCCAAUUGUGGUAA